GGGAACUGGAGGCCGCGGCGGAGGCGGGCGGGCCUGAGACGCUGCGGAAUUGAAUCGCUCGCGAGGGCACGUGUUCGUUGGGCGGAGUUCGGAGCGUCGAGGGCGCGGAGGUUUAAAGCCCAAAUUGCGCGGCCUCAAUCGAAGAAGAGGAGGAGGAGCAAGAUCCCGAGAAGGGCGUGUUGAUUGGCGUCGAGAAAACCCCACGAAGACGGCCGAAUGUUGAGAAAUCGGAUAAGUGCGGUAGAGUAGAUUGCGGUCUUUGUAUUUAGCGAUUUAAUCCUCGUCGUUGGAGUUUCCAUGAUCGAUGUUUUGUCCGCUGAAGACCAUACAGAAAUCGGUCGUUCGAGUUCGAAGAAGAUUGCCGUAGACAUGGGAAAUAAAAUUUCGCGCUGGAGAAGAGUGUAGAUGUUUCUCUUGGAGAGCACAUUGGGUUUCACUAGGUUCGAAUGAAGGAGAUCGAGGUUGGGAAUCACAUGAGAAGGGUCACUAGAAGGGUUUCGACAGUGUCCAGGGGCAGGUGCAUUCAUGGUCUUCCGUGCUCGCUUCCGUUCCCUUCCUGGACGCUGAUCCUUCUUCUGCUCCUUUCAUCCACGUUCAGUCAUGUACAUGAAGCCGGAGAAAAAGUCUCAGAGGAAGCUGCUUUUGGCGCACACGAGAACUCUCAAGUGUGGAAUGAGGAUAAUGAGAACUCGAUCAGUGGUCGAGCACUAGGAAAUCUCGUAGAGAGCUCUUCAGUUGCGCAGCAUGAGGAGUCUUUGAAAGAUAACGAGCUAGAAGCGAGUCCACUAUUGACCUCCUUUCCAGCUGCCACACAUGGCAAGACGAGGGAUGUGGUUGACGAAGUGGAUAAUGUCCACGUCUUCUUGCCUACAUCCGGGAGUCCACUCGAUGCAUUGCAGUAUUCUGAAUACGGAGCAGGACUUUUACAUAGAAGCGGUGCCACUGAGGAGAGUUCAAACGUUUUCUUAACUGGUAAUCCAGGAGGGGUUAACUGUCCUAUUUUGGAUGCCCCAGUGCAGUCCACAGGCGCGAAGUGUGUCAUGCCGUAUGAGAACUUGCCGUGUACUGUCGAGUUUUUAGCUCAGGAACACUGUCAGUUAUUCGAAGCUUACAAUGGAGAGUCGUUUGGAGAACUCAAUCCAGGAGAGUAUUACCUUCUUUGCAGGAGAAGUACUGCAACUGGGUUGGAUCUGUGGGAGAUAGCUUGCAGUUCUUUUACGCAGUGCUUCAAGAGAAGACUCGACUCCAAAACUUGUCAUUUUGAGCGAUCACUGGGGAAUUCAUUUUUCCAAUUUUUGGGUCGGUACAAGCUGCCUGCCCAGGAACCAUUGGGUGUCACUGAGAUUUCCAUAAAUGGCGAAGCGAACGAUAGAGCAGAUACCGAAUCGGAACAGGCAGAAGCCUCGAACACUCUCGCUCCUCCUGCAAGUCCUAGCUCAGAGGCACAAUUGGUUGGAGGAAAUCUUCAAGAAGGUGAUCUUGUGACUGCACAUGAUGGAACAGCUAUGAUGUCAUCCUCGGAUGAAUUCCGAGCUGAUGAAAGCCGAAUCACCGGUGCAACACAUGAAGUUAAAAUUCCGUCCGAUCUUGGCGUCCAUCAUGACUUGGAAACUGAUACGGCAAGGGAAUCUCUGUUAUCCUCGAUUAACAUGUUCAUGGAUAGUUUUAGUGAUGCAAGUAAGUUUGACGGAACUCGUGUUUCUUCAAAUCCGCGGUUGGAUCUUGGAGGCAAUCGGGACACCUCAGAAGAUAUUCUUGCAGAAGAGCUUGAAAUGAUGAUGAAUUUAGACGAUGAAUGGUUAUCAUCUGUGAAACCUCCUAGACCCGGGGACGUGGAGAUUGAGAACCAGUUAGAGCCUGUAAAAUUGAGGCGCGUGGGAUCAGUGAUGAGCCUGGAUGAGUAUAAAAGGUCGAUCCUCGAGAAGCAGAAACUCGGCAAUGAUGUAGAUUUCAGUAGCGUUCAUACUCACAAAAUGCGCCAUAGUGAUGAGAGUUACAAUUAUGCCGCUAAUUCGCAUGGGGCGAAGGUACUGAGCUCCAACAAGGAGGCUAAAGGGGCAGGCCAUAUUAUCAAUUCCGAUAAGGACAAGUACCUUCGGAAUCCUUGUAGUGCCGAUGAAAAGUAUGUGGUGUUAGAACUUUCCGAAGAGACAUUUGUAGACACGGUUGUAGUAGCCAACUUUGAAUUCCAUUCCGCCAAUCUGAAGGACUUUGAAGUGUAUGGAAGUCCAACCUAUCCGACGAAAGAGUGGAUUCUUUUGGGAAGGUAUCAAGCGGAGAAUGUUAGGCAUAGGCAAAAGUUCACCAUCGAAGAUCCUAAGUUAGUUCGCUAUCUAAUGUUGAAAAUGCUUAGUCACUGGGGUUCAGAGUUCUUCUGUACCCUCAGUAUAGUAGAAGUUUUCGGAGUUGACGUGAUCAAAAACCUCUUGGAUGAUUGGAUAGCAUCUGAAGAAGGGGAGAGUGGUGCCAGAACACAUACGACUGUUCCUCCCGUUCACCAUGAAGAGACUUCAGAGGUACAGUACGGUUCCUCCGCUACUUUCGACGCAGCUGUCACUGAUGUCGUGAGUUCUCAAGCUCUUACCGAAGCAGCUACUUCUUCAGACUCAGCAGUGAUGAAAAAGGAGAAGAAGGUGGACGGCGCUUCAAGGGACGAAGAUUCAAGAGCUGGAGACUCGGCCCCAGAAGUACAUUAUCUACCAGGAGGAAAGCCACCGGGAGAUUCUGUUCUCAAGAUUCUCAUGCAGAAAGUGAAAGCUUUAGAGUUAAACCAAUCCCUCUUCGACAACUACUUGGAAGAUAUGAAUGUCAAGUACAAAGCAAUGCUUAGCGAGCUUGAUAAGGAUCUUGCUGUGCUGUCGGAACGCUUACGAAAUGAGACAGCAACGUCGGCGUUAUUGGCGAUGCGCCUCGCGGACAUGGAAAUCAAGCGGAAGGGAGAGAAAACGUUCAUGGAGUAUCAGUUUGCCAUGGUGGCCAGCAACUUCACGGAGAACAUUGAGUUUAUGAGAUGGCAGAUUCAGAGCAUGGAAAGAAGAGAAAUCACAGCCGUCAUACUGGCCCUUUUCUCUAUGAUUAUAUCCGCAUUGUUGCACCUUAUGGCUCAAUGUAUGCCAAAUAGACGACUGUUGUCCACACAUGAGUAUCCCCUGCAUAAUGAAGGGGAAGCACAUGAAACCAAUUCGCUAACAGACUCUUGCACCCUGCAGUCUGUCUGCAAGCUAUCGUCGUCUGUCAUUCUGUACCUUUCGUGUGGCCUCACCAUUCUGGUCCUCUCAGUUUGAAAUGUUACAGUCUAUCGACUCUUAUAUUAGAGUCAGAUCCUGCCAACUUAGCGGGUCUUGUACACAAUCGGAAUACAACAGCUUGUGUCCUCCGGCCCUCUACUUCUCUUUCAGAUAAGUCAGGAUCUUUCAACCCUGGCCCUAAAGAUGUUCACAUUCAGGACCGAACCUCACUCUCCAGACCAACUUUUAGUCCCUAUCUUACUCUGUCUUGGCAAACUGAUUACGGUUCACAUCAACUUUAGAGUUCUUCUAUCCCUAUUUCGUUUUCCCUAAUGCUCCGACCCGACUAUUUAAGAGGCUCACAUAUAUAUAUCAGAAAUUCUGAAAUGGACAUUCUUAUGUCUAUGUAGGCGUAAACCUAGUGUUUGAUAAGUGUAGAGGGCUGUCUUCUCGAGUUGAGAAUGCUGUAAAUUAGUGACGUAGGCCUCGCUCAAGAUUAUAGUAAAUUUUUAUGCGAGGUUGAUAAUUGUUGAACGAUGAGAGUAGAACAGCUCAUUUGUUCGACUAACCUGUAAAACAUCCACUUAUUGAAUAGUCGAUCGUACUGAUUUUGUAUAUAUACGAUGCACAAUGUACAAAACAGUCUCAACACCCCUUGUACCCACACCGUUGAUGGUGACCUUAGGUAUGCAUGCAGUAUGUGCAUGCAGUGACCUUGAGAGUAUGCAGUACCUGACGUUUAGGACAAGAUAUCCUUAGUCCAAAACGUCAGUAUUGUUCAAUGCAAUUUUGUCCUCGAGAUGUAUAAAAUCGAUUUUCUGGAAGUAAUAAACUGCUCCCAUCGUGUUAUACUCUG